AUGCCGCCGCCUCAAGAUGUUCCGUCACUCCGUUCAUAUCUUGGUGCCGUAAAUUAUUACGCAAAGUACAUUCCGGAAAUGCGAAAGUUACGGUUCCCGAUGGAUCAACUCUUGAAAUCUGGCGCAAAGUGGAUUUGGUCGGAUUCAUGUCAGCGAUCAUUCAACCGAUUCCGUGAAAUUCUACAGUCACCGUUAGCGCUCACCCACUACAAUCCAACCAUGGAACUCAUAGUGUCAGCGGAUGCGUCAAACUACGGAAUUGGAGCGCGAAUUGCCCACAAGCUGCCAGACGGAUCAGUGAAGCCGAUAUCGUAUGCGUCAAGAAGCCUCACACCAGCCGAGUCCAACUACAGUCAAAUCGAGAAGGAAGGGUUGGCGUUGAUCUUCGCAGUAACACGGUUCCAUCGGAUGAUCUUCGGACGACAUUUCGUUUUGGAAACGGACCACAAGCCAUUGCUAGCUAUCUUUGGUUCGAAAAAGGGCGUCCCGGUGUAUACAGCCAACAGACUCCAGCGAUGGGCGUUAACGUUGUUGCUGUACGACUUCAGCACCAAAUAUGUCAGUACGGAUAGUUUCGGCUAUGCAGAUAUCCUGUCCCGUCUGAUCAACACCCACGUCCGUCCAAACGAAGACUACGUCAUCGCAUCGAUCGAACUGGAAGAAACCAUGGAAGACAUCGUCAAGCAGUCAGUGAAAGUUCCACAGUUACAGCAGUUCUAUCAGCGGCGUGACAGUCUCUCAGUUGUUUCCGAUUGUCUCAUCUACGGGGAACGACUAGUGAUUCCAACGAAAUUCCAAGAUCGAGUUCUACGCCUUCUACACAAGGGACACCCAGGAGUAGAAAGGAUGCGGUCCGUAGCACGUAACUACGUCUAUUGGCCUGGAAUCGACGAGCAGAUCAGUCAACGUGUUCGUUCGUGCGUGGAAUGUUCGAGAGCAGCCAAGACCAACAGUAAAACCAACCUGGAAUCUUGGCCAGCACCAGAAAAGCCUUGGCAGCGGAUACAUGCAGAUUAUGCUGGACCUGUUGACGGCAAUUACUAUUUGAUUGUUGUUGAUGCUUUCAGCAAAUGGCCAGAAAUCAUCUCUACCAAGCGUAUCACAACAUCUGCAACUGUGGCCAUGUUUCGGAAGAUCUUCGCCAGAAACGGAUUUCCGGAGACAUUGGUGACAGACAACGGUACGCAGUUCACCAGUGAACAAUUCGAAGUUUUCUGCAACAACCGUGGCAUCCUGCAUCUGAAGACGCCACCAUACCAUCCACAGUCGAACGGACUCGCCGAGAGAUUCGUCGACACAUUCAAGCGAGGACUUCGCAAAAUCACGGCGGGGGGAGAGGCCCUCGACGAAGCAAUCGAUACUUUCCUACUGUGUUACCGUUCCACUCCAUGUCGUAGCGCACCUGAAGGGAAGUCACCUGCGGAACUACUACUGGACAGGAAACUACGAACAGGAAUGGAUCUACUGAAACCGCUACCCAAGUAA